AUGUUGGUGCACGUACAGAAAUACGAAGAGGAGGCAGAAGAACUACUGAGUAACGAUCCGAAGCGCCGGAGACUUGUUCAGGCAAUCGAAGAGACGCAAAAAAUUGUUCGAGCAAAAAUGGAUCUCUUUAAUCGCUUGCAACAGUUUCAUGACACUCUAGAUGCCAUCAGAAAGGAAAACAACCAGUGGACAGUGAUCACAUCGCAGCAGGCGGAAGGAGUGCACAGGCGUUUAGAAGAACUGUUAGCGCUCAUUCAAGGCGAGUAUGCACCUGAGGCGAAUGCUUUAUCAGCGCAAAUUGAAGCUAUUCGUGCCUCAUUUUUCCAGCUCGAAUGCGAUCGAAUUAAAGAAAAGUAA